GGUCGGCGGCGCGCAGCUCUCAGUGCUCAGACAUGGCGGCGGACCUGAACCCGGACUGGCUGUCUUGCCUGCCUUCCCAUUGGAGUUACGGCGUGACCCGGGACGGACGAGUGUUCUUUAUCAAUGAAGAAGCGAAGAGCACAACCUGGCUGCAUCCAGUCACAGGAGAAGCCGUCAUUACAGGACACAGAAAAACUCCAGAUUUACCCACCGGAUGGGAAGAAGGAUACACGUUUGAAGGAGCCCGUUGCUUUAUCAACCACAAUGAGCGAAAGGUGACCUGCAAGCAUCCCGUCAGCGGCGUCCCAUCACAAGACAACUGCAUCUUUGUGGUCAACGAACACCUGAAUUGUGGGAAUCUUAUCCAUCCUGUUUUAAGCAGACCAGCGACCAAAGCACCAGAGGCGGAGAAGAAGGAGCGUCCCACCAGCACCAUGAGCGAAGCCUCAAACUACACCGGCGGCUCUGACUACACCACACAUCCCAGCAGCCCCACAACCAGACCGUCCCGGUCCUCGAAGAAAGUGCACAACUUUGGGAAAAGGUCCAACUCCAUCAAGAGGAACCCCAAUGCACCGGUGGUCAAAAACGGCUGGCUUCACAAGCAGGACAGCACCGGGAUGAAGAUGUGGAAGAAGAGAUGGUUCGUUCUGUCUGAUAUGUGCCUCUUCUACUACAGAGAUGAGAAAGAAGAGGGGAUUCUGGGAAGUAUCCUCCUGCCCAGCUUUCACAUCUCCAUGCUGUCCGUGGACGACCACAUUACCCGGAAAUACGCCUUCAAGGCGACGCAUCCAAACAUGCGGACGUAUUAUUUCAGCACAGACACAGCCAAAGAUAUGGAGUCCUGGAUGAAGGUGAUGUCGGAUGCGGCGAUUGCACACAGCGAGCCAAUCAGAAGGCUUGAGAAGGUAAAGCUGGACUCUCGCGGGCCUCAGGAGAUGAACAACAUGCUGAACCACCGGGUCCUGACUCGCCCCGAGAUCCAAAACAACGAGAGAAACCGCGAGACGCUCCGCCAAGAGGACAAGAAGAGCAAACCAGCAGAAAAAACGCAGAAAGACAAAGAAAGAGUCAGCAUGCAGAAAGACGGAGAGCGCUUCAGUGAAAACUACACUCACCGGCAUAAAGACAGCGAGCGCUACAUGCUGCAGAAAGACCUGGAGAAAUUCGUCCUGCAAAAAGACGGAGAGAAGUACGCCGUGCAGAAAGAGGGGGACAAAUAUCUCCUCCAGAAAGACGGACACAAAUACACAGUGCAUAAAGACGGAGACAAAUACACGCUUCAGAGAGAACUGGAGAAAUACAAUCCACCGAAAGAUGCAGAGAAGAUCCCACAGAAAGAUGCAAGGUUUAGUCUGGUGCAGAACGAGAUGGAGAAACCCGUCCCGCCACCACGAUCUGAGGAAAAAUAUGGCUUUCAGAAAGAGGGCACCCUUGAGCGUCCGCUAACUAAAAUAAAUAGCAUUAAACUGCAGCCGGCUCAAGCGGCGGCCAUCGCUGCGGCUGUUUCAUCCUCUAGGAUGAUGCAGAAACAGGUUAAUGGCUCCGGGGAAAGAGCGGGAGACAGAAGUCCUGGAGAUUUGAGUACAGUGAGGACGAGCGUCCCGCUGCCAGCACAGACGGUUCCAGAACCAGAGCGAAGCCUCAGCAGAACCAGCUCAAUGCAGCAGCUGGAGCAGUGGGUCCGCACACACCGCACACGAGCUCCAGACGACGACACCAGGAGCAUCACGUCCUACCAAACCCUGCCAAGGAACAUGCCAAGCCACCGGGCGCAGAUAGUCCCACGCUAUCCCGAGGGCUACCGCACUCUUCCCCGAAACAUGCUGCGACCGGACAGCAUCUGCAGCGUGGCGGGAUCAGUGUAUGACCGGGCGCUUCAGCCCAGCAACCAGGAGAAACGGCGCUCCAUCCGGGACGACACCAUGUGGCAGCUGUAUGAGUGGCAGCAGCGGCAGGCGCACAGUCGACUCGGGUACGGGACGCUGCCCAGUCCCAAAACCAUGGGGCAGAUCGCGGAGUCCAUCCCCACAUCCCCGUCCCACGGCUCUCUGGCCGGAUAUCACACCUUCUCCCCGAACCGACCGCUCAACCCUGACUCGCGCUCGGAAUUGUCCUCACCGGUGUUUCGUGGAGACGUGACCCUCGAGCGACGCCACCGACCACACCUGUCCAAGUAUUCCUAUCCUGCCGAACGCAGAGCUGCUCCUCCCGCACAGAACAUCACUGCACAGUCUCUUCAAGGCAAAACGCCAGAGGAACUGACCCUGCUGCUCAUCAAACUCCGGCGGCAGCAGGCUGAGCUCAACAGCCUCCGUGAACACACACUCGCGCAGCUCAUGCAGCUGAACCUCGACGCCACCAACCCAAAGAAUGAAAUCCUCUCUCAUCACCUGCAGAGGAAUCUCAUGUACUUGGACAGUCAGAUGAAGGAGAACGAACCCAUAAUCUUCAUGAUUCACACUAUGAUUGAGAACUCGGCGCCGCGGCCGCAGCUCUACCAGCAACAGAUGAGUCCUGAAGAGUACAGAGAAAACACCUACAUGUACAGGCCAGAGGAGCUCGACGUCGACGCGAAGUUAAGUCGGCUCUGUGAGCAGGAUAAAGUAGUGCGAACUCAAGAAGAGAAACUGCAGCAGCUCCACAGAGAAAAGCACACACUGGAGACGGCGCUGCUCUCCGCCAGUCAGGAGAUCGAGAUGAGCUCUGAAAACCCAGCGGCGGUCCAGAGCGUGGUCCAGCAGAGAGACGUCCUGCAGAGCGGCCUGCUGAGCACCUGCAGAGAGCUGAGCCGCGUCAACACUGAGCUGGAGCGAAGCUGGAGAGAAUAUGAUCGACUGGAGGCCGAUGUUACACUCGCCAAAACUAACCUGCUGGAGCAGCUGGAGGCCCUCGGCAGUCCACAGACGGAGCCGCCCAGUCAAAAACAUGUUCAGAUCCAGAAAGAGUUGUGGAGAAUUCAGGAUGUGAUGGAGGCGCUGAGCAAGAACAAACCCAAGAGAAACCCUGAACCCAGUUUUCCUGGUGCAAACCCUCUGUCAACCCUGCAUAAAAGUGAAGACUCUGUAGACUCCUCGUGUGUUCCUCCUCGUCCUCCUCUGCCGUACUCAUAUGAAGGAGGCGACCGGCCGCCGCCCCUCCCGAACCCCGGUCAGCCACACACCACCCGCACAACACCCCACCGACCAGAGGACCGCAAAACUGCCCAGCGCAACGGCACACACACCGGCCCGGAUUACAGGCUGUAUAAAAGCGAGCCGGAGCUGACCACAGUAGCAGAAGUCGACGAGAGUAACGGUGAAGACAAAUCAGAGCAGACGGCAGAGAAAGAGCCGCCUGGUGUCACUAAAGGUAUAGUUUACCCAGUAGGAGUGGUCAGUCCCAGAACUAAAUCACCCAUGCCUGAGUCCUCCACCAUCGCCUCCUACGUCACCUUGAGGAAGACCAAAAAGCCUGAUCCCAGAACAUGUCAGCCGCAGGACCGUCCCCGCAGCGCUGUGGAGCAGAUGAGCUGUGGUGCUGAAGUGGGCCGAACACGCAUGAGUGUGGAGGAGCAGAUGGAGAGAAUCAGACGACACCAGCAGGGGGCGCUGAGAGAGCGCAGGAGAGAAGACGGCUCUCUGUCACGCAGUCUGUCUUUCACUAAAGACAACACAUACUACACACUGCAGGCACGUAAGAAGAGUCCGGCGAUCUCUCCAGACGAGCAGGACGAGCGCAGAGACAUGACGCCUGUGGAGCGAGACACAAAACACACAGAGGAAAACUGCAGAGACACUGAGGAGCAGCAGCCAGCACACAUGCACCUGGAGAUCAAGGAGAAAGCAUCCGUGACACGCUCGGUCUCCAUGAAAGAGUCUCUCCUGAAGAGUGUGAGUCCCAAACCAGUGCUGAACCAGGACGAAUCUGAGUGUAAACUGCAGUAUGACAGAAAAUUGGCAACUCAGAACAGCCUGCAGACGGCAGUGAUGGUACGUGUGGGCACUGAGGAGGAUGAAGAAGAUGAAGAAGAGGAGCAGAAAGACUCAGUUCAGCAGCAGGAGGGCUCUUAUGAGCUCAGCAACAGCAAACACAGCACACUGAUCACAGCGUCAUGUGACAGGAAGAACACAUCAUCACCAUCAUCAGACAGGAAGUCUCGCCCCCUCCCGCAUCAGCUGCCCAACACGAACUCAACAGCAUCCAGGCCUCAGUUCGACAGCGACUGAUUCCUAGUGAUUAUUAUUCCUAUUAUUAAUCCUAUUAUUUAUACUCCUCCAGUUCUUAAGGUGCUUUCACCCCCAGACGGAUGUUCCUGACGGCACCCCGAACCCCCCCCACUGUUGGCCUUCAUCGUUUGCUUUGUUUUCUAUGGAUUUUAUCCAGGUUUUAGCCAGUGUUGCUCGAUGAGGUUUUUUAGUACUCAUAUCUUUUUUGCACUGUACGACACACUCAUGGUUGGUUUUACUAUGUAUAAAACGCUGUACAGCUCUCAAUAAGGUGCCCAUGGACAGCAGCACAUGUACAAUGAUCUGUAUGUUUGAUAGUCCGCAAUAGACACACACUGUUUUCCCGACACACUCAUGAAUGUCCAGCUUCUGUUUUAUUUUUCUAUGGCUGAGAUAUAUUUAAUAGAGAGCUUUAUGAGGAGAUUGUUUAGCGAGUUCGGUUGAGAGAGACGUGGACAACGGUUGACAAAAAGCAAUAAGCAGGAUUUUUCGGUGUUUCUCUUCGAUGUAUAAAGUGUAAAGAUGAUGAUGUAAAUAUACCGUACACCGGACUAAAUGAGCAGAGCAGAGCCGAGCAGAAGAGCUUGUGUAUCAGAGUCAAUAUGCAAAUGUUCAUAUUUCAUCUGUUUUAUAUCAUGUCCAAUAAAUGUUGAUGUUCUUAUAUAUGCCCAGAGAUUUACCA